AAAGAUUACACAUAAACUGUCAUUUGUUAGCUGAGCUCACUGAUAUCAAAAUCUUUUCGAUCGAUUAUUUUAAAAUUACAAGUGUAGUAUUCGUUUUCUGAAUUUAAAUAGAAAUUAUAUUUUGAAAAUGCUCGCUUCGCGAUCUGUAAUAUCUCGCUUGAUGCAGACCACAGUGCGCCGCUACCACGCGGGCGAGGGCUUCAAGCCUCCCAGCAUGGACGAGCUGCCCGUGCCGCACGGCUCGUGGCAGGCGCGCUACGACGCCAACCAGCGCCGCUACAACGCCGUGCUGCUGGCCGGCAUUGCAUUCCUGGCGGGAUCCAUUUCCAUUGCCAAAGGCUCCGGACUGCUGUACUUCAACUUUGCUCCUCCCAAGUCCAUUGAUUAAGCCACUGUUAAAUAUGUAUGUGAUUGUAAUGAUUAGUUUAAUUAAAUAACUUAAUAAACAAAAUA